UUGUCUUUCGCAGGUUUAUCCACGUUCACUCAGCAGCCGGCAUCAAUCAUAGUAAUGGAGGGAUCCGUGGCCAGAUUCACCUGCAAAAUCACAGCCACGCCUCCACCAAUCAUCACCUGGGAGUUUAACAGAGUCACUUUACCAUUGGCCACUGAAAGAAUCACAGUGCUGCCCAGUGGCGUUUUGCAAAUUCAGGGAGUUGAACAGAGGGAUGCUGGGAGUUACAGAUGUGUGGCAGCUAAUAUUGUCAGCCGACGGAGAAGCACAGAGGCCACGCUAACCGUCACCCCAGCAAUGUCUCCCAGAGCUCCUCAAAGGCCGCGGAUCAUCGCCGGUCCGCAGAAUCUGACUGUGCCGGCUCACAGUACAGCUCUGCUGGAGUGCAUGGCGUCUGGAAACCCUCGUCCGCUGAUCUCCUGGAGCCGAGCAGACCAUAAAUCUAUAGAUGUUCACAAAACUAAAGUUCUCGGCAAUGGAAACCUGAUCAUAUCUGAUGUGAAUCCUCAACACGCUGGAAUCUACUUCUGCCGCGCAACUACACCUGGAACCAGAAACUACACCAUCGCAGCCGCUAAUAUAACGGUGCUAGCGCCGCCAUCUCUUGUGGAGUGGCCAGAAAGCGUGACUCGACCACGGGCAGGAACGGCUCGCUUUGUGUGCACGGCGGAGGGUUUUCCGACCCCUCAGAUCACGUGGCUGAAGAACGGAGAACCUGUGCGCUCAAAUGGACGCAUCAAGAUGUAUAACAGUAAACUGGUGAUUAACCAAAUCAUCCCAGAAGACGACGGCAUCUAUCAGUGUGAGGCGGAGAACAUUCAGGGUUCAGUUCUGGCUAUGGCUCGUCUGAUCGUGGUGAUGUCUGAUAAUCGACCCAGCGCUCCCCGAAACAUCCGUGCUGACACCGUGUCCAGCUCCGCCAUCCUGCUCGCCUGGGACAGACCCGCGUACAACUCUGAGAAAGUCAUUGCUUAUUCUGUGCACUACAUGAAGGCGGAAGGUCUAAAUAACGAAGAGUACCAGAUUGUAAUCGGUAACGAUACCACCCGCUACAUCAUUGAUGACCUGGAGGCCGGGAGGAACUACACUUUCUACAUCGUGGCGUACAUGCCGAUGGGAGCCAGCCGCAUGUCAGACCAUGUCAUACAGCACACACUGGAGGACGUGCCCCUGCGUGCCCCUGAGCUGAGCCUGACGAGCCGCAGUCCCUCUGAUAUUCAGGUGUCGUGGCAGCCUUUGUCUCAUAAGCUGAGCCGUGGCCGUGUGUCUGCGUAUCGCCUCUCCUACAGGACCAGCUCAGACGGGACGCUGACACAGCUGGAGCUCUCGGCACACAAAACCCAUCAGCUGCUGGAGGGUCUGCAGCCUGACACCACAUACCUGCUCCGCAUCGCUGCCGCCACCGCUGUGGGCUGGGGAGAACCGUCCGCCUGGAGCUCUCACAGGACACCCAAAGCCUCCAGUACUAAAGUGCCCUUGGCGCCGGAGCUCCAGCUGGAGUCUCUGAACUGCACGACAGUCACCCUGCGCUGGCAUCUUCCCGCGGGCAGCAGCUCUGGACUGCAGGGCUUCAAACUCUCCUACCAUGAGGGUCAGCCGGAGGCAGCGCAGGCCCAGAUUCCUCCACACCACCGCCAGCACACCAUCGGAGGCCUGG